AUACGUUGCGAUCAAAAUUAUUGACAAAACACACCUAGAUGAAGAAAAUUUGAAAAAGAUUUUCCGAGAAAUUCAGAUAAUGAAGUUAUUGAAUCACCCUCAUAUUGUCCAACUAUAUCAAGUGAUGGAAACAGAGAAGAUGCUAUAUUUAGUAACAGAAUAUGCAAGUCAAGGAGAAAUAUUUGAUCAUCUUGUUGCUAAUGGACGUAUGACAGAAGAUGAUGCACGAAAGAAGUUCAAGCAGAUAGUUGCAGCUGUGAGUUACUGUCAUCAGCGGUUUGUUAUACAUCGAGAUCUAAAAGCAGAAAAUCUUCUUCUAGAUUCUAACAUGAACAUCAAAAUUGCUGACUUUGGUUUUAGUAAUUAUUAUAAACCAGGGAAACUUCUGUCUACUUGGUGUGGUAGUCCAUCAUAUGCUGCUCCAGAACUGUUUGAAGGCAAGGAGUAUGAUGGACCAAAGGCUGAUGUAUGGAGCCUUGGAGUAGUACUGUAUGUUCUUGUGUGUGGUGCCCUUCCUUUUGAUGGCAGUACUUUACAGAGCCUUCGGACCCGUGUGCUGUUAGGGAAAUUUCGUAUCCCCUUCUUUAUGUCAUCAGAAUGUGAACAUCUUAUAAGACAUAUGCUUGUUGUUGAUCCUGAGAAGCGGUUGAGUGUUGAUCAGAUACUGCAAGAUAAGUGGAUUGUACAGUCUGGAACAGAUUUGGAAUUUGAAGAGAUGUUUGAAAAGUACAAUAAGGUGUCAUUUAAUGAAAAGGAAGAAUCAGUGAAUGAAUUAAUAGUUGAACAUAUGCUUAAUCUGCCUGGUGUAACACAGGAACAAAUUAUUCAGUCUGUCGAAGGAAAGUAUUUUGACCAUUGUAGUGCAAUUUAUCAUCUGUUACUGGACAAACUGAAGGGUCACCAAAGGACAACACUGUUGUCUCAUAAUUUGCCCGUCACAACACAUCCACAAAGAAUGACCAGUAUUACCACAGGAGUUGUUGAGAAAAAUCCCCUUGCAUCUGAUGCAGGAAUUGAGGGAGAAAGAAAAACAACUUGUAGUCCAAUGUUGUCUGCUAGCAUUGUUCCUCUUUGGCAGCUUCUUUCAGAGAACCAAAAUUUAGAAAAGUUUGGAGAUGUAGAACUUGAAUCAGAUGGAGAAGAGCCAUCGCCUGAAAUUUUAUCCCGCUAUCAAAUCAUUCGUCGCCAUACUGUAGGCCCUGGAGAUCCACAACAUGAACAAGUACCAAGUGUAGCAACAGGAGAUAUGACAGCUAGCCAAAUGAGUAGAAAUUUUCAACCUGUUAUUACCCUGCAACCUCCACCAAUCUUACCUCUUAGUGCUCUUCCCAAUACAAACCUGCCUCAGAACUUACCACUGGUUCAACAUCAGCCACCACAGUAUUUCACAAUCAAAGACCAGCAUCUGUUGAAACCACCACUAGUACUGGGUGCAGUUGGUGGUUUUGGACGAAGAGCAUCAGACGGAGGAGCAAAUGUCCAGAAAUGCUUUCGUAGACAGUUACUUCAAGGUCAAUUCAGUUACCCUACCAGCAAGGAAAAAAUUUCAGGAAUUCAACCAGGAAGUCCUGUUGCUGUUCAACGAAUGUCAGCUUUACCACUUCAUAGAGAAAUAAGUAAAGAUCCUGAUGAACAAUUAGAUACAGGAGCAAUAGCUAGAUAUCUACAGACACGGGGUCACUCAAAACGUCACACUUUGGCUAUGGCUACACCAGAAGAAGUUCAAGAAGUCCAUUGGAAGACACAUCCGUUAUUGAAGCAGCGGAGAACUGGACUUGUCACUGUAACAGAAAAAAUUUCAGCUGUUGGUCGAAGAGCAAGUGAUGGCAGUACACCAAUGAAUCCAUAUCGCUCUCAACUAGAAAGACUUUACAACCAGACUGUAGGGACAGGCCCUGUACCAAUGGAUAAUGCAUUGACUGUGAAAGCUCUUCAACAGCAAUAUCAACAGUUACAGAAACAUGCAUGCCCAGUGGACCCCCAAGUUCAAGCAGAGUUACAGCGACGUCAUUCACUUCAUGUUCAACAGAUGUUUUUGCUGCAAGCUUCUCUCAGCCAAACUUCCACAUCAUCACCUCCUUCAAUCUCUGGUUCUCCCAUUCACAAGUCCCCUUCCAGUGGGCCCACCUCUCCUGUGUCUCUGACACAGCACUUUCAACGACUCCAGCUUCAGCGUCGAGGAAGUCCUGUGGGAUUUGGCACACAUGAAAGUACCUUCUCAGCAUUCCAAGUUUUUGGCACUCCUCCACGUGCUAGUUCACCACCAGUGUGUGUGUCUUUGGGUGGAGUGUCUCCACCAUAUAACAGAGUCACAGGAAUGAAUUCACCACAACAAAGAGUAUCUCCUCCACCAUCUUUUCCAGAUUCCCCUACAAAUUUACCAACAAUUUUUCCUCGCCUUCAAGGUCUUGUGGGACAACCUCAUCGUAACAUUUCCCCAACCACUUUUCAGAACCUGUGCAUGAUUCAAGAAGAUGCUACUGAGCAAUGUCAAUCUUCAUCCUCAAACUCCAAGCAAGCUGGUAAAUUAGAGAGAGAUAACCAAGAACAGAUCACAGAAACUAUUUCUUCACCCAUCAACACCUAUCCUCAGAUAAGUGUGACAGAUGAAACAGGAGAAAUUCAGGUAUCUUCUGAUAUUUUGGAAAACCUUGACUACAGUGAGUUUGAAUUACCUUACAGAGCUUCUGAUACUCCACUACAAGACAUGGGCCAGAUAAGAUUGUUUGAGACAUCUUCAGGAUACGAAGAAUGUAUAACCUCCAUCCAGAUUCCCUCAUUUUCAGAUACUAGUGGCUUUGUGGAGGAACAACUUCAAAAAUCUCCAACAAAAAAUUUACCAAGGUGGCUACCUAUUCACAGCACACGUGAAUCAUACAAAAAUUCAGAACACCUAAGACAGACUUUUCCUCCUGCAGGACAUGGAAGCACAGAUCAUGAUGAAAAUUACUUACAUUUUGGGAACAAGAGCUCUCAGAGUGAACCAAGUCCAGUGUCUGGCAACUUAUUCUCAAGUCAUUUAACUUGUAAUUUGCAAGCUAAUUCUGAGCUUCAGAAGACAGCUAGUGGAAGUUUGUGCAUUGCUAUCACCACUAGUGCUGUUCCUGAAUCAACUUGUUGCUCAGAUUUGUUACAUGAGAUCCAGCAGCGACUUGAUACCAGAGCCCAGGGCCUUUCACUAAUGUUGCAGCCAUCAGAGCGUGUUUUAGCCUUGGAGCACCCAGCUGGUGUUCAAAUAGAACUUGAAGUCUGUGAUGGACCAAGACCUUCAGAACGAGGACUCAAAAUGAGGCGUAUAUCUGGAGAUAGCUUACAGUAUAAUCAGAUAUGCAGAGAACUCAUUGCCUGCAUGAACAUCUGAGAAUUGCAUUCUUUGAAAAGUCUUGCCUUAGUCCCAGUUUUGUAUAGAAGCCUGAUGUGCCUAAGAAAAGUUAAAGAAAAGCAGCUUCGAAAGCUUCAGGGUUGUCAUAUGUAAAAAUUUGUCAUGCCUUCUUUGGUUCAUGAUUGAUGGUUAAAGGUUAUCAGGCUUAUUCACGUUAUCAGCUCUUCAUUCCUUUCAGUAGUCAGUGAAAAAGUGAUUGUUUACUAUGCUGGCCAGCUGGAGAAAUUGUUUUUUUUUAAUGAUCUGCACUUCAUUGAUCAACAUUUGUUUAAUGGCCUGAAUUUGUAUCGAUAUAUGUACAUUUAUCUAUUCAUGGAGUGAAUGGAACUAGGCAUUUUCUAGCACUCAGUUUGAUAACAUUACCAGGUGAUAAAAUAAACACUGGUAAAUAUGUAGCAUCGGUGUAUACAUAAUAUGUAAAGUUAUUUUUUUAAUUCUUAGCCACUUGCAGUCUACUGCGAAACAUUUCCCUCCUGGUAUAAUUUCAAUCUAUCCUGAGCUUUUCCAAUAUUUCUUCAAGCUUGAUGUCCCAUAUAUUCUACAAUAUCAACUCUCCAUUUUCUUUUUUUCCUAUUCUUAUUUGCUACUGUGUUAUCCUCUUUGUACUUCUGUUAUCACCUCUUUUUGAUAGAUAUCCAGUGCACUCCCAUUUUUGUUCUUUUAUUGUUUUAAUAUGUAUAACAUUUGAAUUAUUUUUUCUUAUAUUUGGAUGCCUAUCAUUAGUCUUUCUGUUGCUUGUUGCAUUGUUUUUAGUAGUAGCCCAUGUUUCUGAUCCAUAUAACAUUGCUGGUAGCAUGUAGAUGUUCAACAAUUUCAAAGAUACAGAUACAUUUAUUCUUGGGUUGUUCUCCAUUUUAAGGAUGUUACCUACUAGCUAUAUUCAUUAACCUGAAUUUUUGUUUUAUUUUGUUUUUUUCUCUGUUUAUGUUCAGUCUGAUGCUGAAACUUUCCGAGUUUAACCUGUUGAGUUGAUCCUCUGCAUCUUUAACACUUCCUGUCUUGAGAUGUUACAACAUCUGCAAAUCUCAAAAAUCCUGUAUUUUCUGGGCUUUCAGAAUAUAUUCUAGAGCUGUUGUAAGAAGUUUGAGUGACAUAAGAUCUCCUUGUCUAAAACCUAUUUAUAUUUUUACUGUCUCAGACACAUUGUUGUCUAUGUAUUCUGACUGUUGUAAUGAUAUAUAUAGCCUUCAGGAUCUGAGUAUAUCCUUCUGUGAUGCUUAUUGUCCUUAGUGCAACAAAAAUGGCUUUAUGUUCAAUGGAGUCAAGAGCCUUCUUGAAGUCUAUAAAACAAGGCAGUAGCUUAGUUGAUAUUAAUUUGCUUUAUGAAUUAGUUGGUUAAUGGCUUGUAAAUAAUCAUUUAUGGAGUAUUCUUUUCUAAAUUAAGCUUGUUGUUUAGGUUGAACUCAAGCUUGUAGAACUUUUGUAAAAAGGUUGUAAGAAGGUUACCUACCUAAUUCAGAACUAAAAAUAUACCACUAAUUAGUAUAACCAAUUAAAUAUACUGUGCAAACUAUCUUACAUACAAUUAUUAGAAGGCAUUGUUUCAUCAUCUGGUUACUCCCGCAGUUACUGAUAGUUUGGGUUGUCAGUUUUUAUAAUUUCUUUGUCUCCUCCUUUUUAUAAGAUAGUUCUCUUUUUGCUUCUUUCCUUGUGGAAAUUAUUCUCUUUUCUUCCAAUCUUCUGUUAAAAAGAGUGUAAACUGUAAUGAUUUCUUGUCCUUCCUGUCUCACUAUCUUGCUAGUAAUUUCAUGUAAUCCUGAGGCCUUUUUUUCAUUUUCGUUCAAAACCUUUCUACCUUUUGAGGUAAAAUGUCUUGUAUUUCUUUAUCAUAUUCCAGUUUCACGUCUGUUCUUUCUGUCUCAAAUCUUUGUUGAGCUUUACAAUCUCUGGUGUAAGCUGAUACAGAUGUCUAGUCUGUCAGCAGUUGAUCUUUUGUUUCAUCCAUCAGACUGUUUAUGGUUUUAGGUCCUCUCCCUUUUUCAAAUAUUUUCUCUGUAAGCAAUUCCUCUGUCACUGUUUUUUUUUAUCUGGCUAGCAUCCUGCUCUUGUUGUUAGGUCUUUGACUUUUGUUUUUCUCAGUUCAUUCCCUCUUUCAUCUAGUUUGUUUAUGAUUUUGUCUGAAAUUCAUUUUCUUUUCCACAAUUUGCUAUUUUUCUUGCAUCACAGUUUGUCAGUUUUUCAUUCCAUUCUUCACUAUUACAUGUUAAGAACUCAUAAUCUGUUUUUUAAUCCUGUAUUAAAAGUUUCAUGUUCCUGUUUUAAUUUUUAUAUAUUUAUUUUUUGCUUCCUUGAAAUUAUCUUCAAUCAUGCAAGUUGAUUUGUAGCACCACAUGCCCCAUUCUGUGAUCAUUUGGAAUGUCCACUUUUGUGAUGGCUUCAUAGUUUUUAAUAAUUACCCUUUGAUCACAUAGAAUAAAGUCUAUUAUAUGUAAAGUUAGUCAAAUAUUAUUAGACAAAAAAAUGUACUUCCAGUGGUGUAGAUUGUUAUGUAGAAAUGGUUUGUACUGUUUGUUCCUAAGUGUGUGAAAAUCACAAUAGUUCUUCAUCUCCCUUAUAAAUGGUUUUGUAUUUGAGCUUUUUUUGCAGAUUUGUACAGAAGAAUAACUGUGGAAUUCUCAUUAACAUCAUUCUGAAUUGUUGUUGAUUGAUGGAAUUGCUCAAGAGAAA